GGAACUGUAUCCACAGCAUCAUCAAGGAGGGACGCUCCGUCGUCCUCACCUCCCACAGUAUGGAGGAGUGUGAGGCUCUGUGCACCAGGAUGGCCAUCAUGGUGAACGGCAGGUUCAGAUGUCUCGGCAGCGUCCAGCACCUGAAGAACAGGUUUGGUGACGGCUACACCAUCAUCCUGCGGGUGGGGGGCCGGACGCCGACCUGCUCCCUGUCAUGAAGUUCAUCGAGAGCGAGCUGAGCGGCAGCACUCUGAAGGAGAAACACAGGAACAUGCUGCAGUACCAGCUGCCAUCUUCUCUCACCUCCCUCACACACAUCUUCUCCAUCCUCGCCAAGAACAAGGACCUGCUGAGGAUCGAGGACUACUCCGUCACCCAGACCACCCUGGACCAGGUGUUCGUGAACUUUGCGAAGGACCAGAGUGACGACUAUCACUCCAAAGACUCGGUUCGCCGAGACGCGCCAUCGAGGUUCCUCGCUGAGCGCCGUUGGAGGAGGUGCAGAGGGGGGCCCACUGAAGGAGAGCGUCAUGUGAUCAUGUGA